GCUACUAUGGGGCCAAAGGUAACCAGCCUGCUGUUGCUGUGGCUGGUAGUUUGCUAUGCAAGCAACAUUAAAAAAGUAAGAAAACCUAACCAUGGCCAGUAUGUCUGCAGUACCUGGGGGAACAACCACUUCAAAACUUUUGAUGGUGUUUUUUACCAAUUUCCUGGUGUCUGUGAUUACAAUUUUGCUUCACACUGCCAAGAAUCUUAUAAAGAGUUCUCUGUUCAUAUCCAGCGUCAGCAGAAUGAAGGUUACCCUAAUAUCCGAUAUGUUCUUGUUACAAUCAAAGAUGUUGUUAUUUACCUCUCUCACAAGAUGGUUGUGGUGGAUGGGCAAAUUGCAAAGACUCCGCACUAUGGUUCUGGUGUUCUGAUUGAGAAGAACGAUAUAUACACCAAAGUCUAUGCAAAACUGGGCCUGAUUCUGAUAUGGAACAGAGCAGAUGCUUUGAUGGUUGAGCUUGACACUAAGUUUAACAAUUAUACUUGUGGACUUUGUGGAGAUUAUAAUGGAGACAAGAUCUACAAUGAAUUUGACUCAAAUGGAUUGAACUACAACCCGAUCACAUAUGGAAACCUGCAAAAAAUUAAUAACCCAAAAACAGUAUGUGAAGACCCUGAUGAGACAAAGCCUAUUGAACUGUGCAACGAGCAUCGCAAAGAAUGUGAAGAUCUCCUAACUGCCCCAGCAUUUGCAGAUUGUCAGUCUCGCCUGAAUCUAGAACUGUAUGUUCAAGCCUGCAUGCAGGACAGAUGUGCUUGUCAGCACGCUGAGGACUCUUUCUGCUUCUGCAGCACCAUCGCUGAGUAUUCACGUCAGUGUUCCCAUGCUGGUGGCAAACCUCAGAACUGGAGGACCCCUCAGUUCUGCACUAAGUCAUGUCCCUCAAACAUGAUUUACCUGGAAAGUGGCUCUCCCUGUAUGGACUCCUGUUCACACCUGGAGAUUAGCAGACUAUGUGAAGAGCACUAUACAGACGGCUGUUUUUGCCCUGAAGGCACGGUAUAUGAUGAUAUCACAGGGAAAGGCUGUGUGGCCACAAACCAAUGCCAUUGUAAACUUCAUGGAAAAAUAUACUCCCCUGGUCAGAAAAUUACCAAUGAAUGUGAAAAGUGCACGUGUAAUUCAGGGAGAUGGAUAUGCCAGGAGUUACCCUGUCCAAGCACAUGUGCUUUGGAGGGGGGAUCCCACAUAACAACUUUUGAUGGGAAGAAAUAUACCUUCCAUGGAGACUGUUACUAUGUGUUAACCAAGCAGGCCAGGAAAAAUGACUCACAUGUUCUCCUGGGAGAAUUGGCUCCAUGCAGUUCUUCAGACAAGCAGACAUGCCUAAAGACCGUCGUGUUACUAAUGGACCACAAGAAGAGUAUUGUAGCUUUCAAAUCAGAUGCUACUGUACUACUGAAUGAGAUGGAGAUUAAUUUGCCCUACAGAACAGGUGGGAUCUCAAUUUUCCGGCCAUCUUCCCACUACGUUAUUGUGCACACAUAUUUGGGGCUAAAGAUGCAGAUCCAGCUGUCUCCAGUGAUGCAACUGUAUGUCAUUGUGGAACAGUCUGUCAAGGGAACUCUCCAAGGACUUUGUGGAGAUUACAAUGGAAUAGAAAGUGAUGAUUUCAAAACAUCGGGUGGAGUGGUUGAAGCAACAGGGGCUUCCUUCGCCAACACCUGGAAAGCACAAGCCAGCUGUAGCAACAUGGAAGAUAAAUUGGAAGACCCUUGCACUCUGAGUCUUGAGAACGAAAAGUAUGCUGAAAACUGGUGCUUUUUAUUGAAAAGUACAGAAAGUCCUUUUGCCAGAUGUCACUCAGUGAUUGAUCCAAUGGAUUAUUAUAAGCGUUGCAAGUACGAUACCUGCAGUUGUGACUCCAAUGAAAAAUGUUUGUGUGCUGCCCUGUCAUCUUAUGCAAGAGCCUGUGCUGCCAAAGGAGUCAUGUUGUGGGGCUGGAGAUAUCUGAUCUGUGACAAAGAAGUAGCUUCUUGCCCAGCCAACCAGGUUUUCCGCUACAAUCUGACCACAUGCCAACCGUCCUGCCGCUCACUUUCGGACGGAGAUGAGUACUGCUUGAGAGGUUUCUCUCCGGUUGAUGGCUGUGGCUGUCCUGACAAUACCUACAUGAAUGAGAAAGGCAUCUGUGUGCCCAUUGUUGAGUGUCCCUGUCAUUAUAAAGGCUUAUACCUGCAGCCUGGAGAUACUGUCAUGAAGGAAGGGAAGCGCUGUGUUUGCAGAUAUGGAAGAUUUCAGUGUGUAACAGUGCAAAUAUACAGUCGUGAAUGUUCAUCCAAUAAGACCUACUUUGAUUGCAACAACUUUGAUUCUUGGUCUUCCCAAACACCGAUGCAACUCAGCUGUCAAACGCUGGGUACCGAUCACUUCCAGACAGAAUGUAUCUCAGGAUGUGUUUGUCCUGAUGGCUUGAUUGAUGACGGCCGAGGGGAAUGUGUAGCAGAAGAUGACUGCCCAUGCAUUCAUAACCAGGUGUUUUAUUCCACUGGAGAAAAAAUAAAAGUUGGCUGCAACACAUGUACCUGCCAAAAAGGAAGCUGGAAAUGCACCAACAUUGUGUGUUAUGGGACAUGUACCAUUUAUGGAAGUGGCCAUUUUAUCACCUUUGAUGGAAAAUUCUAUGACUUUGAUGGUAACUGUGAAUACGUGGCUUCCCAGGAUUACUGUGGCAACCAAACAGGAACAUUUAGUGUGAUCACAGAGAAUGUUCCCUGUGGAACGACAGGAGUUACCUGCUCCAAGGCCAUCAAAUUGUUUCUAGGGACCAUUGAGCUAAAGCUGGAAGAAAAACAGAUUGAAAAAAUUCAGUGGAGUGAAAACGAAACUGAAGCUUUUUGGAUUCGUGGGACAGUUGGGUUGUAUACAGUAAUUGAAGCCAGCAAUGGAGUUAUGGUCAUCUGGGAUAAGAAGACAACUAUUUUUAUCAAACUGUUGCCUCAUCAUAAAGCAAAUGUCUGUGGUUUAUGUGGUAACUUUGAUGACAAGGCCAUCAAUGACUUUACAAAAAGGGACAUGUCCCAAACACCCAGUGCCUUGGUAUUUGGAAAUUCAUGGAAAAAGGAUUCAGCUUGCCCUGAUGUAGAGGUAGACAUUGAGCCCUGUGAGGAGAAACCACAUCGGAAAGCUUGGGCAGAGAAAGAGUGCAGCCUUAUCAAAAGUAAUGUUUUUAAAGCAUGUCAUCAUAAGGUGGAUCCGCAGCCAUACUAUGAAGCCUGUGUACACGAUGCAUGCGCCUGUGAUUCUGGCGGGGAUUGUGAAUGCUUCUGUACUGCAGUUGCUGUCUAUGCACAUGAAUGCACCAAAUCUCAAGCUUGCAUCCACUGGAGAACUCCAGAUAUAUGCCCAAUCUUUUGCGAUUACUACAAUCCUAGCGACGAUAUAUGUGAGUGGCACUAUGAGCCUUGUGGACGUGAUAUUUUAACUUGCAAGGUCCUCAUUCAAGGCAACACCAACUUUUCAGUGCCAUUCUUUGAAGGUUGCUAUCCACGAUGUCCUCCAGAAUAUCCUGUCUAUAAUGAGGAGACUAAAUUAUGUGGCUCAAAGGAAGCAUGUGGCUGCUACUAUGAUGAUGUUUACUACCCACCUGGACAUCUCAUCCCCGAUUAUAAACCCAGAGAACUGUGCAAGCUUUGUUACUGCAAAUCUUCAGGAAAUGUGAUGUGUAAGCAUAAAGAAGGGUGUUGUGUUUAUGAAGGCAAAGAGUAUGAAGUGGGAGAGACCAUUGCUGAAAAGAAAAAUGGCUCAAUCUGUUUAACUGUAAUAUGCACACUAAAUGGCACCGAGGAAAAUUCAUAUGAUUGCCCUACUUCUUCAACUGUGCCUCCAACUACUCCUUCAACAACUCCUUCCACUAUUACCACCACUACUACAGCCACCACAACACAACAGCUAUUACCACAUCUACUACUACUACUACUACAUGACUCCAACACCCACUCCCACACCCACUUCCACCACUAUUACCAUUACCUCUACAUUACCAACAAUUACAUCAGUUACAACUGUUCUUUCUAUUUCUGUCACUGUUUCCCGACAGCAACUUGUUUACCAAUCAAAAAAUGUCACUGGUCUGAGUGGCUUAAUGUGAGUGCUCCCACACGUGAUCCUCAGAGUGGCGACAAUGAAACCUAUUACAACAUCAAAGAGCACAACAAAACGAUCUGUGAAAAGCCAGAAAAUAUAUCAUGCCGAGCGAUAAAAUUUCCUCAGUGGCCCAUCGAGGACUUGCAACAGAAAGUGACAUGUGAUGUUUCUGUUGGGCUUAUUUGCAACAACAAAGAUCAAGUUCCUGGAUUUGUGAUUCCCGAUCGUGUCUGUCUCGACUAUGAAAUCAGCGUCUACUGCUGCAACAUCACGUGUGAACCCCCAACGACAACAAUACAAACUACUAUUACCACCACUCCAUCUACACCUACCCCUACCCCUACUGCUACCCCCACCCCCCCCACACUGACUCCCACCAAAAGCACUACUAUUACCACCACUCCAUCUACCCCUACCCCUACUGCUACCACCACCCCCACACCGACUCCCACCGAAAGCACUAUUACCACCACUCCAUCUACCCCUACCCCUACCACUACUACUACCACCCCCCCCACACCGACUCCCACCAAAAGCACUACUAGUACUAUUACCACCACUCCAUCUACCCCUACCCCUACCCCUACCGCUACCACCACACCCCCCACACCGACUCCCACCGAAAGCACUACUAUUACCACCACUCCAUCUACCCCUACCCCUACGCCUACCGCUACCACCAUGCCCCCCACACCGACUCCCACCGAAAGCACUACUAUUACCACCACUCCAUCUACCCCUACCCCUACCCCUACUGCUACCACCACCACCCCCACACCGACUCCCACCGAAAGCACUACUAGUACUAUUACCACCACUCCAUCUACCCCUACCCCUACCGCUACCACCACGCCCCCCACACCGACUCCCACCGAAAGCACUACUAUUACCACCACUCCAUCUACCCCUACCCCUACCCCUACCGCUACCACCACGCCCCCCACACCGACUCCCACCGAAAGCACUACUAUUACCACCACUCCAUCUACCCCUACCCCUACCCCUACCGCUACCACCACGCCCCCCACACCGACUCCCACCGAAAGCACUACUAUUACCACCACUCCAUCUACCCCUACCCCUACCCCUACCGCUACCACCACGCCCCCCACACCGACUCCCACCGAAAGCACUACUAUUACCACCACUCCAUCUACCCCUACCCCUACCCCUACCGCUACCACCACGCCCCCCACACCGACUCCCACCGAAAGCACUACUAUUACCACCACUCCAUCUACCCCUACCCCUACCCCUACCGCUACCACCACGCCCCCCACACCGACUCCCACCGAAAGCACUACUAUUACCACCACUCCAUCUACCCCUACUCCUACCCCUACUGUUACCACCACCACCCCCACACCGACUCCUACCCAAAGCACUAUUACCACCACUCCAUCUACCCCUACCCCUACCCCUACUGCUACCACCACCACCCCCACACCGACUCCCACCGAAAGCACUAUUACCACCACUCCAUCUACCCCUACCCCUACUGUUACCACCACCACCCCCACACCGACUCCCACCGAAAGCACUACUAGUACUAUUACCACCACUCCAUCUACCCCUACCCCUACCGCUACCACCACGCCCCCCACACCGACUCCCACCGAAAGCACUACUAUUACCACCACUCCAUCUACCCCUACCCCUACUGUUACCACCACCACCCCCACACCGACUCCCACCGAAAGCACUACUAUUACCACCACUCCAUCUACCCCUACCCCUACCCCUACCGCUACCACCACGCCCCCCACACCGACUCCCACCGAAAGCACUACUAUUACCACCACUCCAUCUACCCCUACCCCUACUGCUACCACCACGCCCCCCACACCGACUCCCACCAAAAGCACUACUAUUACCACCACUCCAUCUACCCCUACCCCUACCCCUACUGCUACCACCACCAUCCCCACACCGACUCCCACCGAAAGCACUACUAUUACCACCACUCCAUCUACCCCUACCCCUACCCCUACUGCUACCACCACCACCCCCACACCAACUCCCACCAAAAGCACUACUAUUACCACCACUCCAUCUACCCCUACCCCUACCCCUACUGCUACCACCACCAUCCCCACACCGACUCCCACCGAAAGCACUACUAUUACCACCACUCCAUCUACCCCUACCCCUACCCCUACUGUUACCACCACCACCCCCACACCGACUCCCACCGAAAGCACUACUAGUACUAUUACCACCACUCCAUCUACCCCUACCCCUACCCCUACUGCUACCACCACGCCCCCCACACCGACUCCCACCGAAAGCACUACUAUUACCACCACUCCAUCUACCCCUACCCCUACCCCUACCGCUACCACCACGCCCCCCACACCGACUCCCACUGAAAGCACUACUAUUACCACCACUCCAUCUACCCCUACCCCUACCCCUACUGUUACCACCACCACCCCCACACCGACUCCCACCGAAAGCACUACUAUUACCACCACUCCAUCUACCCCUACCCCUACCCCUACUGCUACCACCACCACCCCCACACCAACUCCCACCGAAAGCACUACUAUUACCACCACUCCAUCUACCCCUACCCCUACCCCUACUGUUACCACCACCACCCCCACACCGACUCCCACCGAAAGCACUACUAUUACCACCACUCCAUCUACCCCUACCCCUACCGCUACCACCACCACCCCCACACCGACUCCCACCGAAAGCACUACUAUUACCACCACUCCAUCUACCCCUACCCCUACUGCUACCACCACCACCCCCACACCAACUCCCACCAAAAGCACUACUACUAUUACCACCGCUCCAUCUACACCUACCCCUACUGCUACCACCACCACCCCCACACCGACUCCCACCGAAAGCACUACUAUUACCACCACUCCAUCUACCCCUACCCCUACCCCUACUGUUACCACCACCACCCCCACACCGACUCCCACCGAAAGCACUACUAUUACCACCACUCCAUCUACCCCAACCCCUACUCCUACUGUUACCACCACCACCCCCACACCGACUCCCACCGAAAGCACUACUGCCAUAAGUACUACCACUUCUACAACAUUUACAACUAGUACUAUUACAACUACUUUAACUACAACCUUAUCCUCAUGGAGUCCAACACCUUGCCAUUGUGACGUGGAUGGUAAAAUAUAUUAUCCAGCAGAACAUUCUAAAGAAGUUGCACACACACACAAAAAAUGUGUUUUGUUUUGUUUUACUCAUCGUAUGUGUCUUUCAAAUCCAGGUGAUAAAAUAGAAGAAGGACAACAUGGAGACAAGUGCUAUCUUUCCAAUUGCUCAUUUCACUGCCAAAUAGAGACUUACUUUUGGACAUGUCCAGCCACGCCAGGCACAACAACAGGAACCACAACUAUAUACACAGAAACUGCUUCAACUAUAACCCCGAGUCCAUUAAAACCCUGUUUAGAUGGAAAAGUACCGCCAGGAGAAAGCUGGAUAUGUAAUUGCACCAAGUUCACGUGUAUUUCUGAUAAUGUAUGGAAUUCAACUUCUAUAGUAUGUGACCCUCCCCCAAAGCCCAAAUGUUCCAAUGGGCUUGCUCCUGUGCAAAUACAAAAUGAAGAUGGAUGCUGCUGGCAUUGGGAAUGUGACUGCUAUUGCACUGGCUGGGGAGACCCACAUUAUAUGACAUUUGAUGGCCUCUACUAUAGUUACCAAGGUAAUUGUACCUAUGUCUUAAUGGAAGAGAUUCAUAAAUCCAUCAACAACUUUGGAGUAUUCCUCGAUAACUUCCAUUGUGAUCCACAUCAAGCUGUCUCUUGUCCCCGCACUCUGACUGUAAAACAUGAGUCCCAGGAAGUGAGCAUUAAAACGGUCAGACUGGUUCCUAUGAAAGUAGAGGUGGUUGUGAAUCAACAGACAGUGGCUUUACCUUAUGAAAAAUAUGGCAUGAAAGUUUACAGGGCUGGUAUAAACUAUGUGGUGGAAAUGUCCAGACUGAAGAUGAAUGUAACGUACAAUGGCAUGGCCUUUACAAUCAGGAUGCCCUAUGCAUUUUUUGCCAACAACACCCAGGGACAAUGUGGCAAAUGCAACAACGAUAUGACAGAUGACUGUAUGUUACGUGAUGGGACUCUUGCACCUUCUUGUGAAAUAAUGGCAGAUGACUGGAUCAUUUCUGAUCCAGAAAAGCCGCACUGUAAUCAUAUGCCUCCAACUCUGACACCUCCAGUCCCUCCCUCCUGCAAACCAUCUCAGCUGUGUGAACUUCUAAAAGGAAGUGUAUUUCAGAAAUGUCAUAAAGUUGUUAGUUAUACAAGCUACUAUCAAGCCUGCAUGUUUGAUAGCUGCAGAAUGCCCAACCAAUUAAUGGAAUGUGCAAGUCUUCAGAUUUAUGCAGCAACCUGUGCAGAUCAAGGGGUUUGCAUUGAUUGGAGAGGACACACCAAGGGAGCGUGUCCCAUUGUCUGCCCACCCAACAAAGUGUUCAAAGCAUGUGGUCCUUCUACAGAAGAAACAUGCAAAUCAGGUUUAAUACCAAACAACCAGACACAAAAAACUGAAGGCUGCUUCUGCCCUGAUGGGACAAAACUUCAUGACACUAGUAUGGAUGUAUGUGUGGAAACCUGUGGAUGUGUUGGACCAGACGAUAUUCCCAGAAAGUUUGGGGAGAACUUUCAGUUUGACUGCAAAGACUGUAUUUGCAUGGAAGGUGGAAGUGGCAUUAUCUGUGAACCCCACAAAUGUCCAAUAUCAGCUCAGGAAGUAAAAUGUGAAGAAGGAUAUCAGAAGGUCAGAGAAGUUAAUCCUAAUGACCAAUGCUGUUCAGACACCCUGUGUGUGUGCAAUAUCACUCUAUGUACAGCCAAGCCUCCUCAGUGUGACCCAGGGUUCGUAGCUAUUACUGACACUACUGAAGAACGCUGUUGUCCUACUUAUCGAUGUGAUCCUAAAAAUGUGUGUGUGAAGAAUGGUAAUGAAUAUAAGCCUGGUUCAGAAGUCUUAGGAGGUCACUGCCAGCGAUGUGCAUGCACAAAUCGACAAGACAACAUAACUCACCUGAAUAUCAUAGACUGUGAGCCUGUCGCAUGUAACGUGCAGUGCCAGCUGGGCUAUUCUGCUGUUUUAUACCCUGGUGACUGCUGUCCAAAAUGUGUACAGACAAAAUGUGUUGCAAGAACAAAUGAAAAUGUCGUUAUCGUCUUAAGACCUGGUGAACAACGGAAUGAUCCAAAUGACAACUGCACUGUUUACAGCUGUGUGCUGAUCAAUAGGCAGCUGAUUUCCUCUACCUCUCGGAUUAACUGCCCAUUGUUUAAUGAGAAGAGAUGCCAACCUGGCACCAUUACAUACUUGCCUAGUGGCUGCUGUAAGACAUGUAUAAUCAUACCAGGCAUCCCGUCAUGCUCUCCCACCGAAACAAAGGACUAUAUCAAAUAUAAUGGUUGUCGUUCAGAGGACCUUGUCCCUGUUACUCAGUGUGAGGGAAGAUGUGGAACUUUCUCACUAUACUCUCCUGAAGCUAACUCAAUGACACAUAAGUGCAGCUGCUGCAGAGAGUCAAAGACAGCCCUGAAAGAAAUCACACUGCUGUGUCCUGGUGGGAUCAGAAAGAAACACCGUUACCUCCAUGUGGAAAGCUGUGAGUGCCUGAACACGGAAUGUGAUGUUCAGCCAAGCUCAUCAGAAGAGUCUAGGAAGAGCAGAGAAGGCAGCAUGGAACAGUCCCAGGAAAAGGAGGUGAAGGAACAGGUCAGGAGAGCUCUGAAAAUUAUCAAGGGAAAAGCUUAAAAGAA